GGUAAUGGAGGAUUUGAAUAGCGCUCUACCCAGGUACUUUUUAGAAAAUAUAGAUAAAGGCACAGCAGAAUCCUGGGUAUGGGAAGCACACAAAGGCAUAACCCGAGGGAUCCUGAUUAAAUGGGGAGCACGUAUCAAAAAGGAAAGAGCGUCACAAAUCCGAUCUCUCACUGAAGCUAUGUCCACAACAGAGUCUAACCACAAAUCUAACCCUACACCCGAAGCAUACAAAACAUUAUCAGCACUCCGAAUAGAACUGUGA